AUGGCACGAGUGAGUUGUACGUUUGGCGGAGGCAAUUCAUUUUUCCGGGAUGAACCAAACGACAUCUUUGUGAGCGAAUUUCUACCAAAAUAUAAAGGUCCAGAUAAAAAUCAAAUAAUUCAUCCUAUUGUAAACUCAGUUUUGUCAACUUUUACAUCUGCUUCAAAUGAUCCAUUUGAAAUAUCAUCAUCCGAUGAAGACUCUCCAAAAACUCAAUAUCCCACUUCAAUCUUAAAAAAUUCUUAUCAAAAAAACACUAACAUCGAACACCCACCAAUUAACAUUGAAGAAUCCCCAAGAGUACCUGCGAUAAAUAACGUUCUUGGAUCCGAAGAUUCAAGCGAUGACUUGCUUUUACCUACCGAAAUGACAAACAAGAUUCUUGCCGCCCAAAACACCUCAAAUACAAUAAUUGACAAACCACUGCUCAUAAAGCACGGAUUAAACCUACCUCCUAUCUUAACAUGUAACGAAAAUCAACCAAAUAUUAACAGACACUCACGCUUGUUAGGAGAAAAAUCCAAGACACCGCAAGAGGCUCAUUCAUUCUGGAACAAUGCCAAUAACGAUACAGACUUUAUGCCAAUAGAAAUGCCGAAUUCAGCUCGAGGAAAUCCUCCAACAUGCGAUACUCCUUCUCGCAUGAUGUUGGAAAUGAAAAUACACGAGAUGCAGGCAACCAUAGAUCAAAUAAAUACAAAAUGGGAACAAAAAUUCGCAGAUACAAAAAGAAAUUCAAGAAUUCGAACAGAAAGGUUACUAUCAACACAUUCGAUAGAACAAUCAAAUCUGGAUGCAAAAUUCAUUGAAGUUCCUCAUCCUGAAUAUCCAACUCAUAUUAAAGCGAUUUUACGUGAUGGGCCAUUGAUAGUUGCAAAAUUCAAGCGCCUAUCGGAUCCUAACUGCGAUACAGCGUCAUUGGAUUACGAUGAUCUGAAAAAAGAAUUAAUUAAGCGUCAUACUCAAGAACUUAUACAAUUAAACGAUGAAAUUAAACUCGAAUUCGAAUUACUAAAGAAAAGGAAGGAAAAAGAACUCGAAAGACCAAAAGCAAAAUUAGAUACGAUGGUUAGCGAAUACAACGCUUUGCCAGGUACUAAAAAGAUACAGGCAAAGUUGGACUCGAGAUUAAUCCCGGUUGCAGCGAAGCCGAGAGUUUCUCGAGUGAUUUAUUUAGUUAAUAUCUCCAAACCUUAA